AUGCCUGAAAUCCUAAUCUCCUCCGAAAUAGAUUUGAUAAUAGGAUCUUCUGGUGAAGUAGAGACCGUUGAUGUUGUAGGUAUGGUUGAGUCUGUAAAGAUUGGUGAAGAAAUUGGGAUUGAGACUAGAGGAAGAGAUGUUUCAACAGAACUCAUUUGUGAUAAAGAAUCUUUAUUCGAAAAUUCCCCAAAUAAAGAUUUAUCCUUUUGCUUCUUCUUCCCGUUGCCAAAAAAUGAAGCGGUAUUGAAUUGA